CCAGCCCUAAUGUCGACACUAAAGAAAGUUAUAUGGCCCCAAGUCAUUCUCUUCGGCGACUCAAUAACACAGUUUGCGUUUCAAGCGAACGGAUGGGGAUCCGAAAUCUCUCAUAAACUCGCAAGAAAAUGCGACGUGGUAAACAGAGGCUUGUCGGGUUACAACACACGGUGGGCUAAGCUUGUGCUUCCUCGCAUCGUGCCCAUUUCUGAGGCUCCUAUCGCGGCUUUGACCGUCUUCUUCGGCGCUAAUGAUUGCGCAUUGGAAGACAAGAACCCCGCGCAGCACGUGCCUCUCCAGGAGUUCACGGAGAAUUUAAAAGAUAUUGUCAAAUAUCUGCUGUCUACAGGGGUGUCCAAUGACAAGAUCAUCUUCAUCACACCGCCACCACUUCAAGAAGCCGCCUGGGAGAAAGAGUGCUUGCUAAAAUGUUCUGCUCUGAAUCGGCUGAACUCUGUGGCUGGUCAGUACGCACAGGCCUGCUUUCAGGCUGCUGGACAGUCUGGUGUGGAUGUUCUAGAUCUCUGGACACUCAUGCAAAAAGACGGACAGGAUUUCUCCGUGUAUCUUUCGGACGGACUUCAUCUCUCUGAUAAAGGCAAUCAGUUCGUGGCAGAGCAUUUAUGGACACUUCUUGAGAGGCGAGUGACUGAUUUGCCCUUCAUUCUGCCUUACUGGGGGAUGUGGACCCAAAAUGUCCUGAGAGCAGCUUACUGUGCGAUUAAAACACAGGUCAAAUGAUGCACAGCGUGCAAAACACCAUUCAGUUCUUGUAGUUUAUAUUUGAAUAUGCUUAUCGUCAUAAAUUAAGAACCAUCCACCAAUCUCAACUUGAUUUGAAAGCAGGAGGUGUUUCGAGUUACUCUAGUUAAAUCACAGAUGUCACAGACAAUGUUUAAUCUUCUCCCAAAUAUAUAUUUAGAUUUCUGAAUGAUCAAGGUUUUGAGCUUCUUAUACGCACUAAGCUUUUUAGUACGGACAAUAAUGGCUUUGAUUUUUAGAUCUUCUGGCAAGAAUCAAAUGUAUUUUCUUUCAGGGUCAUAAAAUAAACAGAAACGCUUCAGUGUAGAGACAGUUUAUUCAUGUGGCUUCGAACCCCAAGAAUACAGUACAUGUUAAAUAAAUGUGACGUAACCAAACAUCACAAACACACACACCGAAUGAUAGCAGAAUAUGAUCAGAUACAGCUGUCUACAUCCAAGUGAGAGGUUUUAAUUACUUCUGAUUUGAUAUACAGGAAAGUAAGAAACAAUACAAAAUAUAGAUUUAGUCAUUCGACUUAUGGCACAGUAAAACUUUACAAGAUCUUAAAAUUCGACUGUAAUAGUUAAAGUCAUAUUUCACAGUGGGGGAAUACUAUAUCAGUUCAUUUUGGUCACAUCUAUACAACCGUUUUAGUGGCAAAAAGAGAAAAUCUAUGAAAUAUGCACAUCCCUCGGCUCUGUAAUCAGUGUUUCAUAUAUUCAUACUGUUGUAUUGAAAUGACAUGAGAUGCUAUAGUAGGACAAAUUAAACUGAGCAAACCUUAAUGCAAAAAAUGAUUUGCGAUUUCU